GGGGAAGUCGAUAAAUUCAGAGUUGGACUGGGGAUAACGGACAGGCUUUUAUACUAGACGGUCAGCCAGAAAGUUCGUUGCAGGAUCCGAGGCUCUCUGCUAAGAGCUCGCACAGCAUCGAGGAGCAACUCUAGGCCACAUCCGAGUCCGUUGCUGACAAGAUCAAAGUUCGAGCUUAAUGCAAUGCAGCCGAAAAUCGUAUUCGUGUCCUAUUCUGAGAAGAUUAUCACCUUAUUCAGUACGUGUGCCUCCGGGUAACGGCCAUAUUCCACCAGUUCUCAACAAGAGUACCCAAUGGUUGCAUGAUACCCGAAAGGUCAUCAAAGUUCCUGACAAAGGAUAUCUGCGAGUCAAGGUAAGGGCUCGUCGCCUUCGAUGGCGCUCUGGGGUCCGGGGUGUACAGACCGUACUGUGUAUACCGUUGCAAAGUGAAGGUGGUACAGUCAGGCUAUUGAGCUGACCUUGACCGACGAAGCUUGGAGACCUGGGAG